AUGGUUAAAACCGCUGUCGUUAAUUUUACGGGUAAUCUCGACGAGGGUGUGAAUAGAAUUAGUGAAACGGUUGAAAGGUUGGAUAUCGGGGUGUUGAUUAACAACGUGGGAAUUUCUCACCAGUAUGCGAUAUUAUUCCAUGAAUUGGAUGAAGAGCUUCUAAAUAAUUUGAUUAUGGUGAAUGUUGUUGAAACUACUAAGGUUACACAUGUUGUUUUACAUUGGAUGCUGAAGAGAAAGAAGGGAACGAUUAUUACCAUUGGUUAUGGUGCUAAUAUUGUUAUUCCUUCUGAUCCAUUUUAUGUUGUUUAUGUUAUCACUAAAGGGUGA